GGUGAGCUGGUUCGUCCAUUUUGUUUAGCUCAAAGUUAGCCCAGCCUGGCUAACGUUAGCUGUGCACUGAGCAGCAGAGAUGGAUGACGGUGACGAACAGAUUCUAGUCCUCUCCCACAACACCUCCACGAGCUCUAAGUCGAGCGGGGAUAAGAUGUUCUCACUGAAGAAGUGGAAUGCUGUCGCGAUGUGGAGCUGGGAUGUUGAAUGUGACACCUGUGCCAUCUGUCGAGUGCAGGUGAUGGACGCUUGUCUCCGAUGCCAGGCGGAAAACAAACAGGAGGAUUGUGUUGUUGUCUGGGGAGAGUGCAACCACUCCUUCCAUAACUGCUGCAUGUCCCUCUGGGUGAAGCAGAACAAUCGCUGCCCCCUCUGCCAGCAGGACUGGGUGGUUCAGAGAAUCGGCAAAUGAGAGCCACAUCGAGGCGGACUGACUCUAGAAGACACCUGUAUGCACCCAAAUGUGGUGAGAGACUUGACAAGGAUUACUGGAACAUCCUGCACAGAGCCACUGACACCAUCAACUAUCCCCCUAUGUAUGAUAUAAUUUUCCUGUCGUCCUGGUGUCAAAAGAGGAUGAUGGACAAGAUUAAAGUAACACAGACUUGUUGGUUAAUGUGGCUUGUGGGAUCAAGAGUCAUGAAGAAACGGAUGAAACAUGUUGCAGUGUUAGGUCACAUUAUAUUAUGGUCUGUGGCAGUGUUUUGCACAACUCACGUGACUGUCUUUUUAAAAAUAAAGACUUGUGAAUAGCUGUCAA